AUGGCGCCCCAACAGACCGCCCUCGUCAACCUGUCACCGCCCGAGCUGUCGUUUCUGCGCGCCUCCCUCGUCCAGCACCCGCCCAUCCGUCUCGAUGUCACCAAAGGGCCCCGCGACUUUCGCUCCAUGCGCGCCGAGUAUGACGUACUUCCCGGCGCGAACGGGAGUGCCAGAAUCGCCCUGGAGGACGGCACCGAGGCCCUGGUUGGCGUCAAGGCUGAGGUCGAGAAGACACCGCAGCGCCCGUCAUUGGGGCUGCACGAAGACGCUGAGAUGCGCGACCCAGACGUGGACGAGAGCGCGGGCAAGGGCCAGAACGCGUGGCUCGACAUGAGCGUCGAGGUGCCUGGCUUCCGCGAGGACGACUCGCUCCCCGUGUUCCUAGCUUCGAUGCUGAAGGAGAGCUUGCUGGCGAGUGGAGAGCUCAAGGACCGCCUGUACAUCAACAGGCGCUUCCACUGGAAGCUCUACAUUGACAUCUUGCUGCUCUCGCCACCCCUGUCGUACCCGCUUGCCCUCCUCUCCAUGACCACCCAUCUCGCCCUCCUCACAACCCUCCUCCCCGCCCUCAAGUCGGAGCAGGACGAAGACCCGCUGUUCAACGACGACUGGGACGCCGCCGUGCCCCUCUACCCCAAGAACAAGGGAAAGAAGCUGUCCGACAAGCCGCCCGUCAUCAUCCUCGCCAUGGCAGUCGGCCCAAACAUCAUCUUCGACCCUUGCAAGGAAGAGCUCGCUGUCGCAGACGCAGUCCUCGCAAUUGCUUGCACCAACACUUCAUCUUCCUCCACCGGCGCGCGCAUCGUCUCAAUACGCACUAUUGACCCGCCAUCCCACCUUACCCCGCCUGGUAUACCCAAUUCGAUGAAUUCUGCGACGGGUGGUACCGUACCAACCUCAAGCGCGGAUGCCCUUACCCAACGAGAACUACUCGCAGCGUCAGGAGUAUGGACACCACCGCGCGGCGGUAUGAAGCGGAGUCUGGUCUCCCAGGUGACCAAGAUGGUAGUCGAGGACGGCGGUGUUGCCGAGGAGGUCAUCACCGCACUGGCAGCGAUUGAGGUUGGAUGAAGGAUGAAAGCACUUGAACAGAAGCAAAACAACACCAGCCUGAAGCUUCGAGAUGAUCUGCAGAAAGAGCAAGGCCAAAGUACUCACGCGCAGAACAUGCCUCGUUAAUGGCCAAAGGGGUCCUCUAAAACGACUAGGAUGACGGACCCAGCGCCACGUCUCAACAGCGCCACCCUAUAUAAAAAAGGGAAGAUAUAGCGAGAGAAGACUAUGAGGCUUGGGCCGCGUAUCAACUUAGAUCAAUACAACACGCUGCCCUCUCA